AUGGACUGGAAGAGCAACCUGAGACGCACCCAGUCGCUGAGGAGCGUCUCCUCGUCAUGUGACAAACCCACCAGGACGGAGGCGGGACUGCGGGACAAGAUAACAUCUGUGUCCCAGCUCGUUUCCAGGUAUCAAACUACAAAGGAAGUCAGUGCAUCACCUCAAGCACCUUCCGUAAAUAAUGGUGAAGUUAAGCUGAAGCAGGUGUUUAAAGAGAUAACACCAUCUCUCGUGGAGAGUAGAGAUAUUUAUCCGGCAACCCAGACAAAGAGAAGCUACGAGGGGGAACGCUCCCAAGCCAAACCCGGUUUGACACGCAGCAGGUCGAUGGGGAGCCUUCAGAAAGGAGCCGGCUCCAUAGAGGCCCUGAAGGCUCGGUUUGAGUCAACUGAGAACAACACUGCCACACAGGCCGGUGUGAGGAGCGGGUUCAGAGCUGCAGAGUUCACAUCACCCUACAAGGCAGCAGGUAUCACACCCCUGAUGAAUGGAGAGGCUGGAGAGGUGAAGAGGUCAGCGGAGGAACAGAAGACAAGAAAUCCACCAGUUAAUGACACUGAUGCAAAGGAGGAUCACGUGACUCGAAAGGUUGUGAAUCAGAGCCGGGCGGUGAGGAGAAAAACAAUCGGGGGGAUUGAUUUCGAAAGAAUUGCAGCCUAUCAAGAUGAUGAAAAGAGGUCGGUUGCAGACUUCAGAGACAGCUCCUUCUUCCAAUCCAAGGAGAAACUGUCCGUCAAAGUGUUGUCUGCCCUCUAUCUGUCAAAGGUGGCACCACAGGAGCCAAAACUGGUAAACACCUGUCUAGCACAAGAUCGAUCUCCUGAAUCUGGGAAAAGAGUUAAGAUAACCAAGAUGGCCGAAGACCCCCAACAAAGAAAAGAUGAUCAUCCUCCGCCUCCUUUACCCAGACAUCAGCCAGGACCAGCAGACAGUUCUGAGGAACGUUCCCAAAAAUCAAUGUCAGCCCAAAUUUCCAAGGAAAAGUUACACCAGCAGCGGCAGAAAUGUGAGCUGAAGAGACUCAUGAAGCACACCCACCCUGAGCUGAAGAUGCUGGAUGAAGCCGUUGAUGAAGAGCUUGCUGAGGUCUUAAGCUCGGAGUCUGGGGUGACAGCUGGUGAAACUGGAUAUGAAGGAGAGGUCUUCUCACGACGCUUGAUAUUUGAGAACUGUGCCUUGAGUAGCAAAGUAUCUCCUCACACCCCCAAGACGCACAUGGCAGACGGAAAAGUGGGUGAGGGUUUUGUCGGGAAAACAUCCGCUGUCAUUGAAGACCAUGAAGAGAGGCCAUGUCAUGAAAGUGCUAAAGGGAUUGUGCAGGAUUACAAAACAUUUGGUUCUAGUCCAGAGCCUGACAGAGAGUGUCAGGAGGAGAUGAUAAGAAUAGAUGUGCAGGCUUCCAGGAGGAUAUUUGAGAGUCAGUCUGUGAAAACAUCCAGGCCAAAUCCUGAUAUGUUCCGAGGGAAAGCUUCUAUUCUUGGGGAAGAGAGAGGGCCAGUCCGAAAACAAAAACAAAAGUUCGAAAUGAGCUGCAAAGAGAACGAACACAGUGAAAACAAAAGUCUUGAUUUCACAGAUCAGCCACAUAAACAAGGGCCAUGUGUUCAUGUUGAUGGUGAAAGCACUGGUCUUAAGUUUUCUGGUGGUGAAGACAUUUAUACUGAUGAAGCAGCCUUUGAAAAUGACCCUACAAGUCCUACAGUUCAGGGGGAAUUUGAGGAAAUUAUCAAAACGGGUGCAGCUCUUUUAAAAAACAACCCAUUUAUCUCAACAAACAUAGAAAGAGAAAAUCCAUCAGAAUCCCAAAUCCCAGCAAAUCCCAGUGAAGCAUCUGGGGGGACCCUCAUAACUAAUGUCAAGGACCGAGCCCAUCUGUUUGAAUCAAUGCCAUUUGACAAAAUUAGGCGUCAGAACAAGGACGAAAUUGAGACGAUGGUGGAGAACAUCAGGGAAACUCUAAAUUCCCUUUAUCGUGUCAAUGCCCUUCAUUCAGAUGGAUCAAUCAUUGAGGUGAAUGAGACAAUGAUAGCGAAAAAGGCUAAAUUCACACUUUCAGAGAUUGGCCCUGAGAUAAAAUAUAAUGAAUUGGCUGAAGGCGGUGCAAAAAACUUCAUUGUCCAGCUGCUACCACGAGCAAACCUAAGGCCUCACAUCACCUACCUAAAGGAGGAUAGAAAAGGAGGGACGGAGGCCACAGUGGUGAAUGCACCUGUGCACCAGGAUCAGUUCACCACCAGCCAAGACACAGAGUUCAAAACCGCCAAUGUACUUCAGCUUGUUGAGGACAUUCUACAUCAGGACAACUCUCUGAGGAAAGGAGUGAUCAUUCAGGAGGAUGCCAACAAAUGUGCUAACGUCAUGGUUUACUCCCUCUACAAUUAUGUAGAUGAGGAAGAUGUGAAAAGUUACAGAGCUCCACCAAGACAUGCUGCGGAGCUUGAUGAACCCGAAACAAAGGAGAUUCAUAUCAGUAAAACAGAAAAUCAAGGACUAAGAAAAGGCAUCAUUGAAUCGACCAUUAGCUCCCUUCUAGAAAAUUCUCAAGACCAAACCUGCACCGGAUCAACCAGACCUGAGGUCACAGUAAAAGGGAAUGUUCAACUUUUCAAGAGUUGCAUUGAAAAGGGAGAUCUGGAGUAUUUGAAAACUCUUCAGGCUGAGCCAAUAGAGCAGGAACAAGAAGCUGAUCAGAACCCGACUUUGGCUGAACAAAAUGCACAGCAUCAUCAUGAACAGGGAGGUGAGCAAGCAGAGGAGAGUUCUAUAGAUUGGGUCCCAGUGGAUGUAAAGAGACUGAAGAGCAUGUUCUCUGUAGAUCGACAAAGCCAAGCAAAGCAAAAUAUCCGUGGGAAUCGUGCUCCAUCUACCACCAUUUCUCACACAUGUACAGGUCAGAAUGUGCCACUUGGGAAGAGCCAGUCCUGUAAAGAAUCCAACAUCGGGCUACUUACACCCGGGGUAAGAAAAGAUAAUGUUCUGGAGUGUGGUGGCCAAGAGCAAGAAGAAGUUUGUAAUUUCCCAACUGCACCUCAGGGGUCUCAUCAACAUCUUGAGACACAGGAGGAUGACGGGCUCCACCAAGCUCAGAUACUGGGAGUCGUAGACAACAGCAACAAAAUCUCAAAUCUCCAAACUGCAAUCCACAGCCUUCAGCAGGCCACAAUAGAGGCCAAAUAUUUGUAUCACUCAUCACAAAACAAAAGGGCUGUUCAACAGUCGUCCGGGCAACGCAUUGUCUCAGUGAAAGGAGGUGACGUCAAAGAAUUAUGUCGAAACAAUGAGGACCAAAAAGUGGCCUCUGACCCAAAGAUGGAAGAAGUUCCAUCAGCCUCCAACUUCAUUUCAGACAAAAAUACAGAGAUGUGCCAUAAAGGCAGUAAUUCUGAAGAGGUGCAAACUACUGAAACCUGCAGCAAACAGGGUCAAAAAUACACCAAUGUGGUCCAGAAAAACGUUGAAUCCAUUGCUGAUUGUUCAGGCACACAACGUGAACAAGAGGAAGAUGAAGUUGAUUUUCAUGGUAAACUUCAACAAGCUUUGGCUUCCUUAGAGAGAUCCAACAUUAAUGUCACAAGAGGUGAUUUCAAAGCAGCUAUGAUAUAUAAAAAUUCCUCCAGAUCUCACAAAGACAAAUCCAAGGCAUCUGUUCAGAAGCCAGUCACUGAGGAGCCUAGCCCUUUGACUGAAUCCAUCUCAACUCAUGUUCACUUGAGACAAGAGGACUCCGAGGAGCAGCUGACUGCGGUUAACUCAAACCUCCAAAAUAAACCGGCAACAACUGCUGUCUCAGAGAAGGGCAAAAGGCCUGUUGGUGUGAAACCAGCCAUCCCACCAAAACCAGAGCAUCUGAAAGAGAAACAAAUAGAUGGCCGAUCAAGUAACCCCAUAAAUCCUGAGCUAACACAAACAAAUGUUACAAGAACUGAAAUAAAGGGGCAAUCCAAAGAAGAAACUGUAGCUCAACCACCGACAACAUUCGCUUCAUGUAGCGAUGGACACAUGAAACACCAGUCCCCCCAAAAAAGUGGUGCAGACACAGGGUCAUAUUCAGGAAAUUAUAAAGGUGAAGCUAUUCAGAUAUCUCAGAAAACGAGUCAGUUCCAAGGCUCAUUUGAGAACACCAAUAAAAAUACUUUUGACAAACCAGAAGAGAUGAUUUCAACAGCAGAAAUUAAAUCCCCUCAGGAACUAAACCUUGUUAAAGAUAAUAUGAAUGAAAGUGAUGAAAGUCCUAUAAAUUUUAAUGAAGCAUGCCAGAAAUUUGGAGGUAAAAAGUCAAAGACUGCCCCUGUAAAGCCAAAAAGAGUAAAAAUUGCGCAUUUAAAUUUAAAACCACAACAAACUAUAACCAAUCCUUCUGACACUGGAACAAACACCAGUUUACAAACUGCUGACAAGCAAGAGAGAGAAAUUAAACAAGAAAAUAAAGUUGAGAUGAGGGAAAAGAGAGGACGAACCGAGACAGACGACGAGCUUCGACAGCGGCUGUCAGUUCACAUGGAUGAAAUCGUGAGAGGGAACAUGACCGCGGCCAUGGACAUUUUUGACAAUUUACGAAAGCAGGAGGAGCUGCAGAGCAUUCUCAGGCGAGUCGAAGAUAUCGAGCAGGACACGAGUGAAGUUGACGUGAGGUCUCUGAGGAGUGUGUUUGAGGAUGUCCCAGACUGGGUGGUCAGUUCCGACAAAAAGAAACAAAAAAAGGUAAAAGUGGAACACAAAGAGGAAAAGUCCCUGUUGAAGGAUGACCCUCAAAGCAAGUCCUCAAUGGCUCAUAUUUUUGGAGAUCUUGAGAGAGCCAGUGAGGAAAUCAUGAAUCUAAAAGAGCAGACCAUAGCCAGACUUUUGGACAUAGAGGAAGCCAUAAAGAAGGCUCUUUAUUCUGUCUCUACGUUGAAAUCCGACUCAGAUAUUGUUGGUUUAUCAUGUCUGUUCAAGGAAUCCUUGGGGACAAUGCAAGGAUCCCCCUCCAAUGGAAAUAUCAGCAAAAUUAGCAUCGGGUCAAGCAGAAAAUUACCACAGGCCCAGGAAAACCCUACCACAAAGGAAAGCCCAACUGGGCAAGGUGCAAGCAACGCAGAAGCCUCCGCCAAACAACAAGCAAGUCCACCAUCUUCACCUGCCUUCAUCUCCAUACAGUCAGCCACAAGGAAAAUGGAUAAAACAGAUGUGUUUCCAGCUGAGACCACAAUCUGCCCGAAGUGUCAGAAGAGCCCAAAGUCAGAGGAGAAGUUCCUCACAACAAAGACGCUGACGUGCAACAGUCCGGCCCAAAACAGAAAGAUGGACCCCAGAAAGGGAGGUCAAAAGCAGCCUUCUCACAGCCCACUUGACCCUAAACGCGAGCUCAGUGUACUCGAGGUGCAGACGGACCACGAGGGGAAAAGCAUUAGAGGAACCAAAACUAUCAAAGACAACUAUGAGCAGACGGAUGACUUCGGGAACAGGAUUUACUCCUCCACAACUUCCACUGUGGUCACCACGAAGCCAGAAACUACGACAUAA